AGAGGGAAGGAGUCAAAAUAAGGAUCAGUGUCCCGGAUGAAAAUUUACUGACUUUGACUGUACAUGGGAAGUAUCUUUUGAUUAGUGAUGUAAUGAACGUGUGGUCAGCUGCCGUGAAUGGUAAAAUUCCCAUAUGAUACCAUAUUACAUGAAGAAAUGUCAGUUAUCCAUAGAUGAUUAAGGGAUGAAUUUGGUUACCGGUAUUCACUAAUCAUUCAAAUUUUCAAUUUUAACUUUUCACAUCAUCACAUUCCAAGUUUAAACAUGGAUGUAUUUAGAUAUAUCUGUUUGAUAUUAUGGAUUAUAACGACUAAGGGUGGACAUGCCCAGAUACAAGAAAGUGAUACUGGUGACAAAACGAUAGAUGCAGAGGCUGCGCGUGCAUGGCUCGAACAAUACAAUCGGGAUGCCUCGGACAUCUCUUAUGAAAGUUCAGUCACUCACUGGAAUUAUGCAACAAACAUAACGGAGCAUAACAGGAAGCUCGCGGUGGAAACGAGUUUGAAGACAUCCAGCUUCUAUAAAAACAAGUCUGAUGAAGCCAACUCUUUUCCCUGGAGGAAUUUCACCGAUCCCUCUUUACGAAGACAGUUUCGCUUUAUCGCCAACAAAGGCGUCAGUUCGGUCAAGAAUGAGAGCUUGUAUAAAGAAAUCGUUGAGACAAAUUCUGAAAUAGAGAGACUUUACAGCACCGGAAAAGUUUGCUUCAAGUCUUCAAAUAAUUGCCUGGCACUAGAACCCGGUUUAACUCGCCUUCUGGCGAAUUCUAGAGACUACUCGGAGUUGUUGCAGGCAUGGAAAGGCUGGAGGGAUGUCACUGGAAGAAAGAUGAAGGAUAAAUACGUGAAGUUUGUCAACCUCAGCAACGAGGCUAUUAAAUCUUUAGGAGAUUUCGAAAACAAUGCAGAUUAUUGGUUGUCAUGGUAUGAAUCUGCAGAAUUUGAGAGUGAAGUUAUGUCAAUCAUGGAACAGCUGAGACCUGUUUAUGUGGAGCUCCACACUUACGUCAGAGAAAAACUCCAGCAAGUUUAUCCUGACCAUCCGUUUCCGGCAACUGGACACAUUCCCGCUCACUUACUUGGUAACAUGUGGUCACAGAGCUGGGAUAACCUUUAUGACAUCAUGAAACCUUUCAAGAACAAGGCUGCUGUUGACGUAACGCCAGCAAUGAUCGCCCAGAAUUAUACUGUUGACAAAAUAUUCAGAGUCACUGAGGAAUUCUUCACGUCUCUCGGACUGCCAAAAUUACGGGAAAAUUUCUGGGAGAAUUCUAUGAUGGAGCGUCCUAAUGAUCGAGAAGUCAGUUGCCACGCCUCAGCGUGGGACUUCCUGAAAAAUUAUGAUUACAGGAUCAAGAUGUGUACUGAUAUAAAUAUGGAAAACUUGUAUGUUGUACACCAUGAAAUGGGUCACAUUUACUAUCAGAUGAGUUACGAGAACCUGUCCAUCCCACUUCGAGAUGGCGCUAAUCCAGGUUUCCAUGAGGCUGUUGGGGACACCAUAGCGUUAUCAGUAGUCACCCCCGAACAUUUACACAAGAUCAAGCUUCUUGACCAAGUGGAGAAUGAUAUAGAAAGUGACAUUAACUUCCUGAUGCUGGUUGCGUUAGGUAAGGUCGCAUUCCUUCCAUUCGGCUUCUCUCUAGAUAGUUGGAGGUGGGGUGUGUUAAGAGGGGAAACACCUCCUCAUCAAUACAACUCUAAGUGGUGGGAAUUACGAUGUAAAUACCAAGGUGUGUCUCCGCCUGUGGAGAGAUCAGAUGAAGACUUUGAUCCUGGUGCUAAAUACCACGUACCUUUCAAUGUUCCGUACAUCAGGUACUUCGUUGCAUUCAUCUUGCAGUUCCAAUUCCAGAAGUCAUUGUGCGAGGCUGCAGGACACCAAGGUCCUCUCUAUCGCUGUGACAUAUAUAACUCCACUGCCGCUGGUGACAAACUAAGAGAACUACUUGAACUUGGUGCGUCCAAGCCUUGGCCUGAUGCAUUAGAAAUGAUGACAGGGCAGCGGAACAUGGAUGCAAGCGCCUUCUUAGAAUACUUUCAACCAUUAACUGACUGGCUAAAAACACAGAACAAAAAUAAGCGAUCUGGAUGGAUGGAUUUGUCGUGCCCCUCGCCGACGUCGGGUUUGAUCGACAGCGAGGAGGCAGGCUGGGAGUUUCUGAAGCAGAAUGAUCAAGCAUUUAUUACUGUGUUCUCCGAGAUGGGGAAUGCUGAGUGGGCGUAUGCAACCAAUAUUACCGAUUAUAACAGUCAACUUAAGGUGGAAAGCAAUUUGAAAUUCGCAGAGUAUGAAAAGGUAGCCGUUCGGAAUGCAAGUAUGUUUGAUUGGGAACGCUUUCAAAAUCAGACAUUACGACGUUUGUUUAAACAGCUUAAUUCCACAAUUGGCAUAAAUUCCCUUGAAGACAAAGACAAAUUAGGAAAGUACAAUUCAGUAAUCUCCGAAAUGAAAGCUAUCACUAGUAAGGCUAAUGUUUGUCUGUCAGAUGGGCAAUGUCAUCAGAUUAUGCCAGGUCUCACUGAGGUGUUUGCCGAGUCCCGUAACUACAGUCUGCUUACUGAAGCAUGGGAGAAAUGGCGGGAUGCAACCGGCCGAAAAAUGAAAGAUUUGUAUCAGGAUAUGGUUAACAUAAGCAACGAGGCCUUUACACAACUAGGAUAUGAAGACACCGGGGCUUAUUGGAGAUCCUGGUAUGAAUCGCCGAAAUUACAGGAACAUUUAAAAAACCUAUUAAUCCAGUUGGAGCCCUUGUAUAAAAAUCUGCAUGCUUAUAUUCGACGAAAGUUACGUACCUUUUACGGAGAAGAACACUUCCCUUCCUCAGGACAUAUUCCUGCCCACCUUUUUGGAAACAUGUGGGGACAACAAUGGAAUAAUAUAUACGACCUUGUAGAACCUUUCAAAGGUAAAGCCAGUCUGGACAUUACAGCUAAACUUAAAGAACUGGAUCUGAAACCGUUGAACCUUUUCAAAGUUGCAGAGGAAUUCUUCACAUCUCUUGGUCUCUUGGAGAUGCCGCAGUCAUUUUGGGAGGAUUCAAUGUUCGUCAAGCCUGACGAUCGUGAUGUUAUGUGUCAUGCGUCUGCAUGGGAUUUCCAUAAUGGAAAAGAUUUCAGAAUCAAGAUGUGUACAAAGGUUGACAUGGAGGACUUAAUGACUAUUCACCACGAGAUGGGGCACAUUCAGUACUUCUUACUGUAUAAGGACCAACCGAUUGCAUUUAGAAAAGGAGCUAACAAUGGUUUCCACGAGGCUGUUGGAGACGUCAUGGAACUCUCCGUCUCGACACCAGAACAUCUUCACAAAAUUGGUUUCCUUGAAGACGUUGUACAGGAUACAGAAAACGAUAUCAAUUUCCUAAUGUCUAUGGCCCUGAAAAAGAUCGCAUUCCUCCCGUUUGGAUAUCUGAUUGACCAAUGGCGGUGGAGUGUGUUUAGUGGAGAGACAACUGCAGACCAAUAUAAUGAAAAGUGGUGGCAAUUGAGGUGUAAACUACAAGGAAUGUCACCUCCAACCUCCAGGUCUUCAGAUGACUUUGAUCCUGGUGCUAAAUACCAUGUCGCGUCAAACACUGCCUACAUCAGGUACUUUGUUAGUUUUGUGUUACAGUUUCAAUUCCAUAAAGCUUUAUGUACUGCUGCUGGGAAAACAGGACCAUUGCACCGCUGCGAUAUAUACCAGUCUGAAGAAGCAGGUAAACUCUUACGAGAUAUGCUUGCACUUGGUGCUUCACAACCUUGGCAAGAUGCUAUGGAAAAAAUUACUGGCCAACGCGAAAUGAGCGCUGAACCACUCAUGGAAUAUUUUAAGCCUCUAACUGACUGGCUGAUAGAACAGAAUCAGAAUGAUACUGUUGGUUGGUUGGAUGAAUGCCCACAAGAAAAACCCGAGCUUAUCAACGAUGCUGAGCAAGCCAAGGAAUGGCUAAUGCUUUUUGACAAGGAAGGGCAGAAAGCUGAUGCGUAUUACAUGUCAGCCCACUGGAACUACGCCACAAAUAUCACUGACUACAACCAGCAGAGACAGGUUGAAGCAAGCUUGGCUAGAUCAGACUUUGGCAGAAGUGCCGCCAUUAACGGCUCAAUGUAUAACUGGAAAAACUUCUCUGAUCCGAUGAUUAGGAAAAUAUUCGCCCUGAUUGUUGACCAGGGUACCUCUAUAAAGGACAAAGAGAAAGCCAAGGAGCGCAGUAACCUGAUGGCAGAACUUGAGUCCAUUUAUGCAAAAGCUCAAGUUUGUCUUACAGAAGACCAAUGUCUGGAAAUGGAUCCAGAUUUAAAAAAUCUGAUUGCAACUUCAAGGGACCAGGCAGAACUUUCACAAGCUUGGAAAUUAUGGCGGGAUGCGACAGGUCGCAAUAUGAAGGACAAGUACGCUCGAUUUGUGGAGUUGAGUAAUGAGGGAGCAAGAGAGAAUGGUUACAGUGAUACCGGCGAGUACUGGCGUUCGUGGUAUGAAACACCAAGUUUCCGUGACGACUUGGUUGAAUUACUGGAUAAGCUACAGGUGCUAUACCUUCAGCUCCAUACAUACGUUAAAGGAAAGUUAGUGGAAUAUUAUGGAUCAGAACAUUUUCCACGGUCAGGCCACAUUCCAUCUCAUCUUUUAGGUGACAUGUGGGGACAGAACUGGAAAGACAUUUACGACAUAGUGCAGCCUUUUAAAGAUCAAGCGGUUCCAGAUAUUACUAAGGCCAUGUUAGAAAAGAACAUUACAGUGAAGCAAAUGUUCAAACUUUCUGAAGAGUUCUUUGUGUCACUCAAUUUGUCUGCCAUGCCGCUGUCAUUUUGGGAAAACUCAAUGUUAGAACGGCCGACGGAUGGCAGAGAUGUAGUAUGUCAUGCGUCUGCUUGGGAUUUCGGAAACGGCAAGGACUUCAGAAUAAAAAUGUGUACAGAUGUAUCGAUUGAUACGUUCCAAGUUAUCCAUCAUGAAAUGGGUCACAUCCAGUAUUAUCUGCAAUACAAGCACCUGCCAUGGGUAUUCAGAGCAGGAGCAAAUCCAGGUUUUCAUGAAGCUGUAGGUGAUGUUAUGGCUAUGUCUGUUUUAACUCCAGCUCAUCUCAACAAGCUCGGUCUACUGGAUACGGUUGAAAACAAUUUUGAGAGUGAUAUAAAUUUCCUGAUGUCAAUGGCUUUGGAAAAGAUUGCAUUCCUUCCAUUUGGAUAUUUGAUUGAUCAGUGGCGCUGGAGUGUAUUUAGUGGGGAGACACCUCCAGAUAAAUAUAAUGAGAAAUGGUGGGAUCUGAGGUGUAAAUACCAAGGUGUUUCUCCUCCUGUCGCACGAACUGAAGAGGACUUUGACCCUGGAUCUAAAUACCAUGUACCUGGUAACACACCCUACAUAAGGUAUUUCAUUAGUCAUGUGAUAGAAUUCCAGUUCCACAAGGCCCUCUGUGACGCAGCCGGACACACAGGUCCUCUUCACACAUGUGACAUAUACCAGUCUAAGGAAGCUGGCAAAAUUCUGGGUGACAUGCUUAGACUAGGAUCAUCGGAACCUUGGCAGGUUGCCAUGGAAGCAAUCACAGGUCAGAGGUCAAUGAGUGUGGAGCCAAUCAUAGCUUACUUUCAACCUCUUAUUGAUUGGUUGGCUGCUCAGAACGUUGGUAAACAGACUGGAUGGUUGGACACGUGUCAGCUUCCACGUUCAAGCCUAAUAAACGACGAAGAGCGUGCAAGAGCAUGGUUGAAAAAUUACAACGAAGAAGUUGAACCGAAGUAUCAUCAGGUUUCGGAACUGGAAUGGGAAUAUCUACACUAUCUUGAUUCUUCGAAGGCUAGGACUGAUUUUGAAGAAACUCGGAAGGUCUUAGCAAAUUUCAAUAAACAAGCCUGGUUAAAUGCAUCUACAUUUGAUUGGGAAGAUUUCCAAGAUGAAGAAUUGCAACGUCAGUUUCGAUUUGUAAGGGAGAAUGUUGGCAUGGAUGCUCUAGCAGAUCCAAAGAAGCAGGAAAAGCUUCAUACCCUGAUCAGCGACUUUAAACUCUCAACGGCUUCAGAUAAUUUGAAGAAGUCAUUGGCUACCUGUAGAAACUACACCCAACUCAAUACUAUAUGGCAGUCUGCCCAGCGAACUGACCUUAAUAACGCCACGAACAAAUAUGCAGAGAUUGUCGAACUCAGCAAUGAAGCAGUUAGGGAGUUGGGUUUCAUGGGUACAGUCGAAUUUUGGAAAAGUCGUUAUGACAGCACUACAUUCCAGCAGGACUUGGAGGGAUUGUGGAAGCAAGUGAAACCGUUAUACCAGGAAUUGCAUUGUUUUGUCAGGAAACAGUUGAGAAAAAUGUAUGGAAGUGAACAAUUCCCGUUGUCUGGACAAAUUCCAGCUCAUAUUUUAGGGAACUUGAUGGGUGAUAAUUGGGAGAAACUAUACGACGUACUGAUGCCGUAUAAAGACACAAGUGGUGCUGACAUAACAUCAGUUCUGCAAGCAAAGAAUUACACAACGGAAAUGAUGCUCCGUCAAGCUGAGGACUUUUUCGUUUCUAUUGGACUUCCAAAGCUCCCCGACUCGUUUCGGGCAAAUUCAAUAUUCAAACAACGUUCUGGAAGUCAAAAUGAUAAUUGUAAUCCUAUGUUUGUAAAUCUCGUUUCUAAUGAUAUCAGAAUAAGCAUAUGUACAGAUGUCAAUUUGGAAAACUUUGUGACUGCUCAUGAGUUGUUGGCACGCGUCCAGUACUCUAAGGCAUAUGACAUGCAGCCGUUUACACUCAAAGGGCCAGCAAACCCAGGUUUUGAUGAAGCUGUAGCAAGUCUCGUGGGAUUGUCUGCCUCUUCACCCAAAUAUUUCCAUGACAUUGGACUUCUAGAGAAUCCAGCUGACACAACAGAAGAAUCACUGAAUUUCUUGAUGAAACAAGGUCUUAAAAUGAUACCGUCACUUCCUUUUGGAUAUCUGAUUGAUCAAUGGCAAAUUAGUGCGUAUAAAAGGGAAACGCUUCCAGAAAAAUAUAAUGCAAAGUGGUGGAAGCUCAGGAAUAAAUACCAAGGGUUAUCUCCUCCUAAGGAUGAAGUGGAUGCCGGUGUUUUCUACCCAGGAACUGGAGAUAAUGGAAAUGUUGCCAUGCCAUAUGUCAGGUACUUUGUUGGAACAGUGAUCGCGUUCCAGCUACAUGAAGGACUAUGUAUGGAGGCGGGACACACUGGUCCUUUACACGAAUGCGACAUUCAUCACUCACGAAAAUCUGGAGCUCUGUUGAUGCAAAUGUUAGAAUCAGGUCGAUCACUACAAUGGCAAGAUAUUCUAGAAAUGUUGACAGAUCAGCGGAGGAUGAAUGCUUCAUCACUGGUCAGAUAUUUCGAACCACUUUACGAUUGGCUAAAAGAUCAAAACAAGGGCCAAACAGUUGGUUGGAAUGACGACUAUUUUCCCAUGACAAUUGAGGAAAGGACAGAUGUUUUGUUGAAGUCUUUCAUUCAUGAAGCGGAAGCUGUGUAUAUGAAAGAAAAACUUGCCCAGUGGGAUUACAGUGUGAAUAUCACCGCUAAAACAGAGGCACGAAAGAUCACUUCUGAAAUGGACACUGCAGAAUUUGAAAAACAGUCAGCAGAAGAGAUAACUACUAUACCUUGGGAAGACCUAAAGGAUGAUUACAAAAAAAGGCAGCUGAAGAAGAUUACAGAUAUUGGAACAAAUAUAAUGAAUAAUACAAUGAAGCUUAAACGGUUAAAAAUGGUCCAAUCAAGAAUGCAGAGUAUGUAUAGGAAGGCGACUGUGUGUCUAAAACCCACCAGGUGUCUCGCAUUACAGCCAGGCUUGACAGACAUCAUGGCGACAUCAAGAAACCAAACAGUGUUACUAAAGGCAUGGAAGGGCUGGAGAGAAGCAACACGCAAGAUCAAGCCACACUACAACGAAUUUGUGGACCUAUCUAACGAGGGCAUAAGAGCGUUAGGGUAUUCUGAUACUGGUGACUACUGGAGGUCAAAGUAUGAAUCAUCACAAUUUGCAGCUGACCUUGAUCAACUUUUCAUACAAUUAACUCCACUUUAUGAGAACCUCCACACUUUCGUUAGGAAGCGCUUAGGAAAGUUGUAUGGCAAGUUUCCUGCCUCAGGUCACAUUCCUGCACAUCUCUUAGGUAACAUGUGGGGUCAGUCUUGGGGGAACAUCUACGAUCUACUUAUUCCAUAUGAAGGUAGUCGGAGUAUGGGGGUAACAUCGGAGCUAAAACGUCAGGGGUACACUGUUGAAAGGAUGUUUAAGACUGCUGAAGAGUUUUUCGUCUCGUUGGGAUUAUCUCCCUUGCCAGUGUCAUUCUGGAACAAAUCAAUGUUGGAGAAACCUGUUGACAGAGAUGUUGAGUGCCAGGCAUCAGUUUUUGACAUGUUUAAUCAAACUGACGUCAGGCUAAAGAUGUGCGCAAAAGUCAACCAGGAGGACCUCUUCACUAUCCAUCACGUGCUAGGACACUUACAAUAUUUCCUUCAGUACCGAAAACAGCCGAUCACCUUCAGAGAAGGAGCUAACCCAGCCUUCGCUGAAGCAGUAGGUGAUGCCGUGUCACUAUCGGUCUCCACGUCAUCACAUCUUAUGAAAAUUGGACUGCUGAAUGCUAGCUCUCACCAAGAGGAUGGUUUUAAAGCGGACAUCAAUUUCCUGAUGACGAUGGCUCUAGAUAAGAUUGCAUUCCUGCCCUUUAGCUAUUUGGUCGACCAAUGGCGGUGGAGCGUAUUCAAUGGAGAAACAAGUCCUGGGCAAUACAAUGAGAAAUGGUGGCAACUCAGGUGUAAAUAUCAAGGUAUUUCUCCGCCUGUGGAGAGGACCGAUGAUGACUUUGAUCCUGGAGCAAAAUAUCAUAUUCCUGCAAAUAGGGAAUUUACUAGAUACUUUGUCAGUUCUGUGGUCCAGUUCCAGUUCUAUAAGGCCCUGUGUGACGCCGCUGGCCAUACAGGUCCUCUACACACAUGUGACAUAUACGAGUCUAAGGAAGCUGGUAAAUUACUGGGGGACAUGCUAAAACUGGGAUCAUCUGUUCCCUGGCCAGAGGCAAUGAAGUCAUUGACGGAUCAAAGUAAGAUGGAUGUCGGACCUUUGCUUGAGUAUUUCAAGCCUCUCAAUGACUGGUUACGGACAGAAAAUUAUCGGGAACGUCCAGGCUGGACGGACGCGUGCCCAACCAAACGACAAAUGACAACUCCUAAAGGAAGUGAUAUCUCAGGGGCAUACCGCAAAAACACCUCACUUACUGUCCUCAUGUGUGUUGCAUUUUUAUGUAAACUUAUUUUAGUUUAAUGUCUGUUUGUCAAAGAAUGGUACAAUGGUGCUUUUAUGUUUAUAUAUUUUGUUGAAUAUAUUAAUCAAGAGGUCGUCAACGAACGCAUAUUAAUAGAGGAAACGAGCGAGCUAUGGGUUUUUCAUCGAGGAAUUGAUUUAUGUCUUUUAUUUUUAGUGGAAAUAUAAAUGCGUCGUAUUUUUGCAUUGCUCAGUUUGGAAAGUUCUUUUGUUUGUAAUUACUAGAGAGAAAAUUCCAUUUACAUGAGAUCAUCUUACAACUUAUUCCCGAUAUAUUCAAUUUUUUCGUAAUGAAUGAUAUGUGCAGUUAUCUUUAUGUUAUACCAUUCUGAUAUUUGUAUUCUUAAUUAUCUACAUACAAGUAAAAUAUUAACUGUAAACAUGAAAUUGGGUGUAAGGCAUAGCUUCAUUGCUGUCUGAGUGUUUUUUUGUUUUGUUUUAUUUUCUUUAUUUUUUCAAAAAGCUCCGUAAAAUGGCGUCCUGACGAUUAUCAAAGUUCUUGAUGAGAGCAUACGAGUAUAUUUAAUUAAUCAGGUAGUCUUUUUUAAGUUGUGAGACAUUGAUUGUUUUUCCUAUUAUCAUUAUUUGCUUAAUAUUUCAAUAGUAUUAUACUGUAUUGUAUUGUAUUCGUGAGAAGUUUGUCAACUUUCCCAAUUCAGACGUAAGUGCCUAUUCUAAAAGUUCCACUAUCAUCUUAAAAUAAUCAAAAUGGAGAUUCAAACUCUCUUUUCACAAGUCUGCAAUAAAGAUAUGUACUUCAACAUAGUUCUACAUUUUCCAAAUCAAUAUGCAUAUAAACAUUUUACUAUAUUUAUGAUAAAUCUUUGCAGCAACUAAUAUUAAUUACUUCUGUUUAGUGGGGAUAUUGAGCAAGAAUAUUUAUGUGAGAGAAACCGGAAAAGUCAGAAAAGUGAACUUUACAUGGUCUUUGAGAAAGAAAUCAAAACCGCAACUGUCUUGAAGAGACAAUAAUUAAUAUAAUUAAAGGUUAGGCAAAGUUUCUAUUAUGUGCUUGGUUUGAAAAAAAUGUCACAGAGUAUUGGAUUGCUUUGAAAAUACGUUAUGAACACAGUAUUUGUGUGUGUGUGUGUGUGUGUGUGUGUGUGUGUGUGUGUGUGACAUUUGUAACGUGAAUUCUCAACGUGAAAUUAUAAUAUGUAUAAUAAUGUAUUACUGAACACCUAUCAGAUAUAAAUGACAUUAUCGAAACAAACAAAUAAUGUGAAUUGCCAUUCUGUAUUUAGUUCACUUAGAAAUUUGUCAUGUGAUGAAGAAUGGAUUUUUUUUUAUUAACCCACUCCGUGUUCACAAUGUACCAAAGUGUGACAUUAAAAGCAAAUUACGUUAACGGCAAAUAUUUUAAUGUAAGUUUAAACUGUACACCUGUUUCAUUUUUAUAGAUAAAUGAAAAAUAUUUCGAAUCAACAAUGUUAAAUGUUUACCUUAAGCUUCUGAUUAUAAUCUUCUCGUUUUUGUUGUUUUGGAAUGUAUGUCUGUUUUUAUUUGCAUCCAUUAAUUUCCUUAAAAUUGCUUUGAAAAAACUGGUGAUGUAUAUUGUAUAUCAAUUUUAAAAUAUAUGGGAAAUUGAAGUAUCAUGCCUUUAUGAUUUUUUAAAUACAACGACAUGAAUAUGUCACUAUAUUUCAAGACAUCGUUUAGCAAAUGCAGUACUGAUAAUAUUCCAGAAGGAACUAUGUUAGAGUGCUUGCUUAAAGGUUUGACUGAAAUCUACAAAAUUACCAGAUGGAACAUAUCAUCUUUAUGUCUUUUAUUAGAUACAUUAUCGGCUUGUUUUCAACCAUUUUUUUAAAAAUUAAUUUUCGUUUACAAUAUCAGUAGUAUCACUAGUACCAAGGCGAAAGUUUAAUAGAUAUCCAAACGAAGAAAAUAAAGUGAACAUAAAAUCAGGGUACCAGGCUUUAAUAUAAUUGUACAUAAAACACAUGUUACACAACACACACCUCCGUUGAUUAAAAAUUUCGAUACACGUGUAUCCGGGCAUAUCUAUGUUUAUCUUUAGUUAGCAUAUCAAAUUAUUAUGAGGUCCAUGUGGGCAAAUCAUUGUCCAUCCAUUAGCAAUUCAAAAAUAUCAUUAAUUACUUGAGUCGUAUUUGAGACUUAUGUGAACAAAAUUCUGCCAUCUUGUAUUUUUACAUCAGAAGAUCUGUAUUGAUAUUUUGUGAGAAGGUAAUAAUUUUAUCUUAAGCAAGAAGAAGACGGAAAUGAAAAUGUCUUUUGAA